AUGGCUUUUUUCAACAUGUUCAGUCUAGUAGCCCUAUUGGUUCUGAUCAAUUUCUGCCACGGCCUAGCAUGGCCGUUUGACUCGCGGGCAAAGGCUCCGAAGUGCAAGUACGACCCCGAUUGUCCUCCAGAUCAGCAUUGUGUACAUCAACCGAAUGGUGAUCAUCGAUGUGGACCAGAGGGAAUUGGUUGUGUCUUUGAUCAAGACUGUCCAGGAGGUUAUUGUUUCCAGGAAAUAUGCACCAUCACCGGACCAGCCAUCACUACCAUCACUGUCGCUCCGCCACCCGGAGAGACCUUCCGGGGAAGUUGUAAUACCGAAAAGGAUUGUCGACCAGAUGGGUAUUCUCUACAAGCCAACCUAGGUCAACUAGAUGAUUACGUCUACGAACUCCUCCUCGACGCUCAACAACUCGACCAGGAUCUCGGCAACCGUACCCAUCAUACCAGAGACAUGGUCGACCGAGUUAUUCGCCCUGCGACAGAGGAGAAGAGGAACAUCCAAGAAAGACAAGGACCAUAUCCGUAUUGUCCCAUCGUUGAUUCGACGGAGGUAUUCAGUUUGGUAGGACAGAUUCAGAGGGAUCUCAAUUUACUCGCUGCGGCGAUACAUGACGCUCAAAAGACGGCGAAGAAAUCCACGAGUCCUGCUGAGAUUGCUUGGCGCACGACGUCGUAUCUACUGAUGAAGCUUUCUAUGCUUCUCUUGACGUGUUUUAGUGUGGUUGUUGCUCUUCCACACUACACGCGACUACCCAUAGGUCUACCUGGUGGGCAACAUUGCUUGACUUGUCUCGAUAAAGAUUCGAAAGUAGCAAGAGAAGUCGACUCGAACGCUAUCGACGUCAUGCUUAAGAAGAAAGAUCAUGAGGAUCAUGGCGACCAUACAAGUACAAAAACUGUCAUUGAUGAAGAAACAACAACUAUCACAGAGGAACACACGUCCACUUCCAGACAUAAUGAUCAUACAUCAACUACCGAACAUAGCUCGAGUAGUGUACAUCAUACCUCAUCUGUUGAACCUUCGGUUUCCUCGAGUAGUCACCAUGCUUCGGCCACUCCUGCUCCUGAGUCCUCGAGUAGUCACCAUACCUCGGCCACUCCUACUCCUGAGUCCUCGAGUAGUCACCAUACUUCAUCGAGUAGUCACCAUGCUUCAUCGAGUAGUCAAGAAGCUUCGCCCACUCCUAAUCCUGGACCCAUAUCUAUCCCUUAUGUCCUAGCCAACCCGGCUGUCGGUUGCCCGGCCGAAUAUCCUUACAGCUGUCCAAUCUUGUCCACUCAACUGCUUGAGGUGUUGUACUGUACCGAAAGUCAGGUCUCUUGUCCUCUUGCUCUUCCUUCAUCAUCGGGUAUCGAAAUAGCUUUGCCCAUACCUACUCCUCCUGUUUUGUUAUCGGGUAAUCAACAAGGUUUGCCCAUACCUACUCCUGGUUCGUUAUCCGGUGUUCAACCGCCAGCCUUGCCCAUCAUACCUGCUCCUGGUUCGUUAUCCGGUGUUCAACCACCAGCCUUGCCCAUCAUACCUACUCCUGGUUCGCUAUCAGGUGUUCAACCACCACCCUUGCCCAUCAUACCUACUCCUGGUUCGCUAUCAGGUAUUCAACCACCACCCUUGCCCAUACCUGAUCCUGGCUCGUUAUCGGGUGUUCAACCACCAGCCUUGCCCAUACCUGAUCCUGGCUCGUUAUCGGGUGUUCAACCACCAGCGUUGCCCAUACCCGUACUACCUGCUCCUGGUCCGUCAUCGGGUGGCCUCCCACCAGUUCAACCACCAGCGUUGCCCAUACCCGUAAUACCGACUCCUGGUUCCUCCUCGGGUGGCCUCCCACCGGUCCAACCACCAGCCUUGCCCAUACCUGUAGUACCUACUCCUGGUUCCUCCUCCGGUGUCCUUCCACCUGUACUCCCACCUGUACUCCCACCUGCCCUCCCACCUGUACUCCCACCUGCCCUCCCACCUGUACUCCCCCCCGUCCAACCACCGGCCUUGCCCGUACCCGUAGUACCUACUCCUGGUUCCUCAUCGGGUGUCCUCCCACCUGUCCUCCCACCUGUCCUCCCACCGGUCCUCCCACCUGUCCUCCCUCCUGUCCUCCCACCUGUCCUCCCACCUACCUUGCCUAUACCCGUACCUGCUCCUGGUGCGUCGUCGGGUAUUCAACCACCAGCCUUGCCCAUACCUGCUCCUGGUUCAUUACCGGGUAUCCCACCAGCCUUGCCUGUACCUGCUCCUGGUUCGUUGCCGGGUAUCCCACCAGUCUUGCCCGUUCCUGCUCCUGGAUCAUUACCGGGUAUCCCACCGACCUUGCCCACUCUCCCAAUACCAAACACAUACAUCCUAGGCAACCCGGCUGACGCUUGCCCAGCCCAAUAUCCUACCAAGUGUUCACUCUUGUCCGCUGCACUGGUUGAGAUUACGUACUGUUACGCAUUUUCUCCCUGUCCGGCGAGCCCUUUGAAUCUUGUUCGUCGACACGAAGAGGAAAAAUCGUCUGAUUUCAUCGUGGUCAAAAAUCCAUCCCACGGGUGCCCACGAAAAUUCCGAUACAGCUGUCCGCCUCUGUUUGGACUCGAAUCGGAGGAACUGGUCUGUUAUAAGGAACCUCGCCCCUGUCCGCUGAUUGAAGCUAUCGCUCGAGACGACGGUCAUUUGAUCAAAGAAAGGUCACCGAAAUCUAAACAUAAACCAACACCAACCCCAUCACCUGAACCCGAACCGAUCAUCCUAUGUCCUCCUUUCAGCUGUCCGCCAUUGCCACAUGAGAUCCUUGCCAUGGACAAACGUUGCCUCAGGGAGGCAGAAAUUGCCUGUCCAUUGGAAGGUAUCGCCAAACGUGAUGAAGGUGUAGUAUCAGGUGCAGAAUGA